GUGUGUGUGUGAGAUUAGCAGAUGAGUGUCAGCUGAGUGUGAGGACGGACUCAUUUAAACUAGGAAGUAAAAGGCUGUGUGUGUGUGUGUAGUGGAGAGAGAGGGUCACAGGAAGGUUCUGGUAAACAACAAACUGAUGAUGGCUGUGCAGAUCAUUUCCAUCCUCUUCAUCACCCUUCCUGUCAUCCUUUGCUCCCCUUCAUUUAAUGGCCUGGAAGCUGAAGGCACCAAUCGAUCAGUUCGGUUCCUGGUGGUAGGAGACUGGGGCGGUUUGCCCCACGCACCGUUCUUCACGCCUGUGGAGUGGGCUACAGCGCGGGAAAUGGGCCGAACUGCUGAGCAGCUUGGCGCUGACUUUGUUUUAGCCCUUGGAGAUAAUUUUUAUUACAGAGGAGUGAAGAGUGUGGAUGAUCCCAGGUUUCAGGAGACAUUUGAGAACGUCUAUACUGCUAAAUCUCUCAAUAUUCCAUGGUAUGUGAUUGCUGGCAACCAUGACCAUGCAGGAAAUGUUCGUGCCCAGAUCCAGUACAGCAAAAUGUCCCAACGAUGGAAUUUCCCAUAUUACUACUAUGAACUGAACUUCAAUAUUCCGCACACUGCUGCCACUCUGCAGGUGCUAAUGUUGGACACGGUGCUUCUGUGUGGAAACACCGAUGACUUCCAGGAUGGAAAGCCAGAUGGUGCCGUGAGCAGCGAGUCGGCAAAUCGCCAGCUGGUGUGGCUGCAGGAACGUAUGCAGCGCUCCAAAGCCGACUUCCUGAUUGUGGCCGGACAUUAUCCUGUCUGGUCCGUGUCCAAACAUGGGCCCACUGACUGCCUGCUGAGAAGGCUUCGCCCCCUGUUGGUGAAGUACAAAGCCACAGCUUACCUGUGUGGACAUGAUCACAAUUUGCAGUACUUCAUGGAGUCUGGUGUUGGUUAUGUUGUGAGUGGUGCAGGGAACUUCAUUGACCCAGACAUGAGGCAUCGAAAGUCUGUUCCUCAAGACUCUCUGAAGUUCUUCACAGGAAAAUCAUCUACUCUUGGUGGCUUUGCACACAUGGAGGUUACUGGUAAAAAACUGACUGUAACCUUCAUCCAAGCAAGAGGAACUUCACUCUAUCGCACGGUGUUGCCCAAACGCAACCUGUAAUUCAAACAGUUAAGAAAAAAAAAAGUGCAUGCUUGUAAUCUACUUCAAUAUAAUUUUACUAAUUUUAGAAAUUUGAAUCCUUUUAGCUUCUGUAGGUUGUUUUAUGUGUAUUAAAUUAAAUGUGUAUAUUAAAUAAGUAUUUGAAUUAAAAGCAAA